AUGACUCUGCUGUCAGACGACCAGUCCGUCCGGCCGCAGCCCUGUCGCCUUCCACAGACACAGAAGCAUCUGGGAAAUGGUUUCCAGAGCUACACCACAGACUGCUCCAAAGAGGACUUCAUGGACAGUGGGGAGGGCUCGGUGUUUGGGGCUGUGGAGCCUCCGCGGCGCUCCAGGGGGCGGCUCAUCCUCCACGGAAUGGUUAUGUUUGGAAGGGAAUUCUGUUACGCCGUGGAGGCCGCCUUUGUGACUCCGGUGCUGCUCAGCGUGGGUUUGCCUCGCAGCCUCUACAGCCUGGUGUGGCUCAUCAGCCCCAUCCUGGGAUUCUUACUGCAGCCGGUUAUCGGCUCGGCCAGUGACUACUGCCGCUCUGCGUGGGGCCGCAGGAGGCCCUACAUCCUCACUCUGGGAGUCCUCAUGCUCAUCGGGAUCACUAUGUUCCUCAAUGGAGACGCUGUGGUUUCAGCUCUGGUCAGUGAUCGGUCUCUGCGGAGCGUCUGGGCCAUCGUCGUGGUCAUGUGUGGAGUGGUGCUAUUUGACUUCGCUGCAGACUUCAUCGAUGGACCCAUCAAAGCUUAUCUGUUCGACGUGUGUUCGCACCAAGACAAAGAGAGAGGCCUGCACUACCACGCCCUGCUCACUGGUCUGGGAGGGGCCUGUGGAUACCUGGUGGGGGCCAUGGACUGGGGCCACUCGCUGCUGGGCCGGCUCCUGGGCUCCGAGUACCAGGUCAUCUACUUCUUCUCUGCGCUGACGUGGGCCGUGUUCCUCACCGUCCACCUCUUCAGCAUUCCCGAACAGCCGCUGGGCAAAGAGGGCCCAGAGUCGGCCCCCAGUGCUCUGCGUCUGCUGGGCUCCCACACCAACAGCAACGGAUACGGAGCCCUGGUGAAAGAGCCGGUCGGGGCCCCCAGCUCCCCCACAGAGCUGAGGCCCCGGUCCUUCUCUGCUCUGGGCGAGGCCAACUCUGUCACCUCCAGCGCCAAGCAGCCCAACAAGAAGGCUCAGAAGAGAAUGACGUUGAGGUCUUUAAUGAAAGCUGUAAUCAACAUGCCGAGCCAUUACCGCUACUUAUGCGUGAGUCACCUGCUGGGAUGGACGGCCUUCCUCUGCAACAUGCUCUUCUUCACGGACUUCAUGGGACAGAUUGUGUACAAAGGAAACCCGUACGCGGAUCACAAUUCUACGGCUUAUGCGACGUACGAGAGAGGAGUGGAGGUGGGCUGCUGGGGGCUGUGCAUCAAUGCUGUGUCUUCUGCCUUGUAUUCAUAUGUGCAGCGUUGCCUUCUGCCCUACAUCGGACUAAAAGGUUUAUACUUCAUGGGGUACUUUGUGUUCGGUCUUGGCACCAGCCUCAUCGGCCUCUUCCCCAACAUCAUCGCCACCCUCAUCCUCUGCAGCGUGUUCGGCGUCAUGUCCAGCACGCUCUACACAAUCCCCUUCAACCUCAUCGCAGAGUACCAGCUGGAGGAGGAGGAGCAGUUGAAGCUCCGUGGCGGCGGUGGGAGUCCACGUGGCACGGGCGUGGACGUGGCGGCGCUCACGUGCAUGGUGCAGCUGGCUCAGAUCAUCGUGGGGGCGGGGCUUGGCGCUCUGGUGAACUUGGCGGGCAGCGUCAUCGUGGUUGUGCUGUCGGCCUCCACCGUGUCUCUGCUCGGCUGCAUCUUCAUCGCACUCUUCAUCCGAUACGUGGAGUGA